AGAACAGACUAUAGACUGGUCUCGACUGGUGGAAAGUUGCUCGGUGGCGAGGGUUGUCCAGGUUCGCCCGGUCCCUUUCCGCCUCCCUCGUUGGUUCAAUCCUGCCUCGCAAAGCGGGUUUCCCGAUGUAAAGAGAGUAGCGGUUGGCCUGACGUCACGCGCAAGUCCCAAAUGUUUGAAGCGUGUUUUCGCAGCCGAGCAGGCUGCGCUAGGCUUUUCUUACACGUCCGAUUCUGAAGAGUGAAUACCACGUUAUUGGGACGAGGUGUAUUGCAUACUCAUCUUUUGUGGAAGUUACAGCCGGUAUUAUUUUUGGUCAGCAUGGAGUUUUAGCCUAUGGAAACCAUGUAGUUUGUUGGAGCGAUGGUACGGGAAACAAGAUAUUUGAUAGUGCGAAAUUUGCCUGAGAAUUGCACAGAGGAGACUGUUAUCGACCAUUUCCAGAGGUACGGCAAGAUCCAGAGCGUGAAACUCCAGCCAGCUAAAGAGAAUGACGCGGGCAGUACGGCCACGGUGGCCUUUAACGACAUCCGGUCGGCAGCCAAGGCGCACCAUGCCAAGAACAGCCUGGGGGAGGUCACCCUGAGGACGGACUACUGGGAAGGCUCCAGCGGCACCGCCGUGCUCGCCAACCCGCCCGGUACGCCGUCCGGCGCCGCCAACAGCGGGCGCGCUACCAGCUACACCAGCGCCACAGCCGCCUCCUCUCGCCCAGUGUCCACGUUCUCCAGUUGGAAUAAAGG